ACGCACCUGGGCCGCCGCCCCGGCCCCUCCUCCCGCCGCCCGGAAGACGAAAGCGGCGGUGGGGGCGCGGCCGUCCUCGCCCGCCCGCCGCAGUCCCCAGCCGCUGCGCCCGGAGCUGCGACCCGCGCGCCCCGCUCCGCCGCCCCGGCCCGGGCCGCCAUGUCUCUGUGGAAGAGAACCCUCUACAGGAGCGCAUGCCUGGCUCUGGCUCUCCUCGUGGCUGUCACGGUAUUCCAGCGCAGUCUGACUCCUGGUCAGUUUCUGCAGGAGCCUCCUCCCCCCACGCUGGGGUCACCAAAGGCCCAGAAGCUGAGUGGAAACCUGGUGAACCCUAAGAGCUUUUGGAAGAGCCCCAAGGAUGUGGUGGACCCCACCCCUACGGCCUCCCAGGGGCCCCAAACCUGGGACGUGACCACCACUAACUGCUCGGCCAACGUCAACCUGACCCAUCAGCCCUGGUUCCAGGGCCUGGAGCCACACUUCCGGCAGUUCCUGUUCUAUCGUCACUGCCGGUACUUCCCGAUGCUGAUGAACCACCCCGAGAAGUGUGGCGGUGACGUCUACCUGCUGGUGGUCGUCAAGUCCGUCAUUACCCAGCAUGACCGCCGCGAGGCCAUCCGCCAGACCUGGGGCCGCGAGUGGGAGUCUGCUGGCAGGGGCCGAGGCGCUGUGCGCACCCUCUUCCUGCUGGGCACGGCCUCCAAACAGGAGGAGCGGACCCACUACCAGCAGCUGCUGUCCUACGAGGACCGUCUCUACCGUGACAUCCUGCAGUGGGACUUCCUUGACAGCUUCUUCAACCUCACCCUCAAGGAGAUCCACUUCCUCAAGUGGCUGGACAUCUACUGCCCCAACAUCCCCUUCAUCUUCAAGGGUGACGAUGACGUCUUCGUGAACCCCACCAACCUGCUGGAGUUUCUGGCUGACCGGCAGCCACAGGAAAACCUGUUUGUGGGUGACGUCCUGCAGCGCGCGCGGCCCAUCCGCAGGAAGGACAACAAGUACUACAUCCCCCCCAUCCUGUACAGCAAGGCCAGCUACCCGCCCUAUGCUGGCGGUGGGGGCUUCCUCAUGGCCGGCAGGCUGGCCCGCCGCCUGCACCACGCCUGUGACACCCUGGAACUCUACCCCAUUGAUGACGUCUUCCUGGGCAUGUGCCUGGAGGUGCUGGGCGUGCAGCCCACAGCCCACAAGGGCUUCAAGACCUUCGGCAUCUCCCAGAACCGCAGCAGCCGCAUGAACAAGGAACCCUGCUUUUUCCGCUCCAUGCUGGUGGUGCACAAGCUGCUGCCCGCAGAGCUGCUGGCCAUGUGGGGGCUGGUGCAUGGCAACCUCACCUGCUCCCGGAAGCUCCAGGUGCUCUGAC